AUGGCCGACGCCGACCGUGAUUCCGACCUUGGCGACGAUAGUCCAGUGUCGGCACGGUCAGAAGGUGAAUCGUCUGGAGAGCAGUCCUGUGAAAGCUCGGAUGAGGGUGUGGGCCGGGACGCACCAGCACCCCAUCAGCCCCACCAGCACCAACCCCACCAGCAUCAACACCAGCCACAUCAAUCGCUGCAGCCGCUUCAGCACCAGCAGCACAACAUGAACCACCAUGCCGCGAUCAACCACCAGCCGAUCAAUAAUCACCAAUUGAACCACCCUCAUCAAAGGAAUUCGCCGCGCCCACUUGAGAGGGAGUUGAAGGUCCGCGAUGACUUUGAAUCGCUCAAGACUUCGCUCCAUCCGCACCUCUCGUCACUGGCCUCUUUGGCGCAAGGAGCACCUUUGUCGACCCCCAGUAGCGUGUUUGCGCUUGCGGGAGCGGGGGCCACUGGGGGGUUCCCAUAUGCGCCCCCCGCUUUCCUAGCACCCGCGCCGCCGCCCCCCGCGCAGCCCGCUGGCUCCGCGUCUUCAUCAUCAUCAGAAGGCAGCGCUGCUGGAUGGAGCUUUGAGGAGCAGUACAAGCAGGUUCGUCAGUUAUACGAGAUCAGCGACGAUCCGCAGCGGAAAGAGUUCCUGGACGAUCUUUUCUCCUUCAUGCAGAAGCGAGGCACUCCUAUAAACCGGCUGCCUAUAAUGGCGAAGUCGGUGCUCGAUUUGUACGAGCUAUACAACCUGGUGAUAGCCCGCGGCGGUCUAGUGGAGGUCAUCAACAAGAAGCUGUGGCAGGAGAUCAUCAAGGGCCUGCGACUGCCGUCCUCUAUCACGUCCGCCGCUUUCACAUUGCGCACACAAUACAUGAAGUACCUGUACGACUAUGAGUGUGAGAAGAAAAACCUUUCAACUCGCAGCGAGCUGGAUGCGGCCAUCGAAGGCAACAAGAGGGAAGGACGGCGCGCGUCAGGGCAGUACGACGCGCAGGCGGCACUCGCUAUGCCGUCGCUGAGCCGCGGCGUGUCGCUGUCGAUGCCGCUGGCGCAGCCGCUGGCGCUGCCGCUGGGCGCCGUGCCCCGCCUGCCCAUGCACGCGCCGCACCUCCACAACCACGACAUCGAGUUUCGCGUGCGCGAGUACAUGAAGAUGAUACAGCAGCAACGCGACCUCAUCAGAAACGGCUCGGAGUCACCGCCUGGCAGUGGCGGCACAAUGAUGUCGCCCCGUGAGGCUGCACUCAGUGCCAUCGACGUGUCACGUCUUACUCUGUGGUCGCUCUACAACAACAACAACAACAACAGCCCGCAGCCGGACCUCGAGCCGCAGCGGUACGACGAGGCGCUGAAUCUGAGCGAGAGCCCGAACUCGAGCACGAGCGGGAAGCGCGAGGCAUGCCGAUCGCCGCCGCCGCCCGCCAAGCGCCGCACGCCGCGCCCGCCCUCCCCCCGCGCGCCCUCUCCGCGCCGCGCACUGCCCGCGCACCCGCACGCGCACGGGCACGCGCACGCACCCGCGCCCGCGCCGCAGCUCAACGGCAACGCGAACGGCGUCAACGGCGCUGCCUUCAAGAUUACCUCUAGAGGUGACGCCACCACAGGCGACCAACAACUUGUCGUCUCGAUAGAACUCAACGGAGUCACGUACGAAGGCGUUCUUUUCCCCUCACAAAAUGGAAACGGACAGAAUGGUCACAGGCAAAUGGUUUCUUAA